ACUCAUCGAGAGCGUUACAGUCUCUUGCUCGUAAGAGAGUAUAGCAUACCAAAUACCAAUAUAAAUUUUAAGGUUAGAAAACACAAGAGUAAAGGGAGAGCUCUGAUAUAUCGAGUGUUAGGUAAUACUGCCCUAACCAUGGCAGGUAUACUCAAAAAGACCACGAAUUUAAAGGGAUUAGCCGUUUGCAAGAAUCCUCAUCAAGAAUUAAUGCCACUGUACAAUAGAAUUUUGAGAGUGUUAGAGAAGUUGCCGAAAGAUUAUACUUAUCGGACACAAACAGAAGGGCUUGUCAAGAACAGACUAAAGAUCAUACAAGAGACUGAAAAUGUACAAACUAUAGAAGACAAGAUAAGUUGUGGACAGGUGGAGGAACUUAUAAUACAGGCAAAGAACGAGCUAUCGCUGGCUGAGAAGAUGUUAGUCUGGAAACCGUGGGAAAAAUUAAUACAGGAAGCACCACCAAACCAAUGGACGUGGCCGCCACAUAAAUAAUCCUAAUUUGUUAUAGAUAUUUGUAUCAUAGCAUACACUGAUACCAAUGGGAAUGAAUAGAUUGUGCAUUAUACAUAAGCUCACAAAAUUAAUGUGACAUAUUGUUAUUUAAUAAAUGUUCCCUGUAACUAUUCAGUCUUUUCUCAGCUUUGCAAAAUAUCUAGAAAACUAUAUAUUUAAAAAUAUAAAUUGUGAUUAACAAAUUGUGAUAAAUCGAAUUUAAAGGCAAAAUAAAUCUCUGAAAUGUUCAUGA